AUGUUGGAACGACCAGCAACUCCUCCGCCAGCCUCCCCUUCAAAGUCUCGCCUUGUCUCUCCCUCCAAGAAGAAACAGCGCAUUCCCACACCUCCUCAUGCACCCAACUUCGAAGAGUUCUGGAAUGUUCAUGCAGUGAACACUUGGAACGACGAAUACUCCCCUCAAAAGCCCCUCAUGUCACCAAAGAAGAACCGCAAGGCAUUGCAAGAAGACUCGGACUCUCCCUCCUCAUCACCAAAGAAGUCACAAAGCCCUGCAAAGAAGACUCGCGCUGAGAUGGACGCAAAGAAGGACUUUGAGAACAGAAAGCACAAUCUUGUCGAAGACUUCUUUGCCGAGCUUGACGACAAGAUCACGGAGAACAAGAUCGGAGAUCUGGCUGCCUUGACUGGUGGUGUCAAGUUCGUCUGGAGCAAAACACUCAACUCGACUGCAGGUCGAGCAAACUGGAAGCGCGAAACAACAAAACACAGAAACCUUGACGGCUCGAUAACAACCACCCAAAAGCACCACGCCUCCAUUGAACUGGCCGAAAAAGUCAUUGACGACGAAGAACGUCUCUUAAACGUUGUGGCUCACGAAUUCUGCCAUCUUGCCAACUUCAUGGUCAGCGGGAUUAAGGAUCAACCGCAUGGCCACCAAUUCAAGGUCUGGGGCAAGAAAUGCAGUGAUGCGUUUGGUCACCGUGGUGUGGAAGUCACAACAAAACACUCCUACCACAUCGAUUACAAGUACAUCUGGACGUGCACAAACGACAUGUGCAGUCAUGAGUUCAAGCGCCAUUCCAAGAGCAUUGAUCCAGCCCGUCACUCAUGUGGAGUGUGCCGCGGUAAGCUCGCUCAAACAAAACCAGUGCCCAGAAAGCAGGCAGGUCCAACCAGCUAUGCAGCUUUCGUCAAGGCCAACUUUGCGACUCUGAAGCAGGAAAUGGCAGGAGCACCUCACAAGGAAGUCAUGGCUGCCUUGGGACAAAAGUAUCGCGACCAAAAGGCCAAGGGCGAGUUGAGUGUUGCAACACCACCGGCUGGAGUGGAAGAUAUGGCGAAGGCAUUGGAGGUGGUGACUUUGGACAGCGAGUGA